GAUAUUGGUUUCAAGGUCGGCGUUCAAGGUCGCUGCACACGUUGGUCGCAUUAUCGGAAUCGGUUCUUCACAAAAUCGAUUGGUAAAAAUCAAUGUUGGAUCCAAAACGUACAAUAUUCUUUAUGUGUGAUGUACAAAAAAGUCUGUUAAAUGUUGUCUUAGACUCGGAGAAUGUUACUCUACGUAUUUCUAAUCUUUUAAGUUUAGGUAAAGCACUUGGAAUCCCGCUGUUUGUGGCAGAACAGUAUUCUAAAGGUCUAGGCAAUACAGUCAACAAUUUAGAUAUUUCGCAUGCUCUAUGCGUUGUGGACAAGAAAACAUUUUCAAUGUAUCCUGGAUUAAUUGCUGAUAAAAUGAAAGAGUUUCGUGAUUAUGUUGUUGUUUUAUUUGGAUUAGAAACGCAUAUAUGUGUUCUUCAAACAGCUUUACAAUUAAUAGAAGAUAAAUACAAAGUUGUCAUUGUGGCUGAUGCCUGUAGUUCUCGAAGUGCUGUUGAUAUGCGGAUCGCUUUAAAGCGUUUAACUUCAACUGGGGCAAUGAUCACCACAACAGAAUCAUUAUUAUUUGAAAUUAUAAAAACAAAAGAUUCGGCACAAUUUGAUUUAAUUAAAGAAAUGAUUAAAAUACAUUUACCAGAUCAUCCAGCUUUGGAUAAUUUUUAAACAAAACUUUUUUGUCUUCCUUCCUGUGUUUUGAUGUGGCAUACCUUUGUUAUUAUUUAUAAAAGAAAUUUAUUUUUACUCUGUGGUUCCUUUUUCUAUGAAAAGAUUAAUAUACAUUUAUAUUCAUAUAUGUGUGUGUGUGUAUGUGUGUGGUUUUACAAUUAAUAGUUGCGGAGCUUUCAUCAUCCUUCUAGACAACAUCUUCAGCGCAGUAUUUAGCAUAAAGUGUUAUGUACUGCUGUUGAGUGAGUUAUUCGAGUUUUCCCCGUCGCCAGUUAUGUUGUGUACUCGUCGAGUAGUUAAUAGUCCUGACGCCGUGGAAAGAGGGAAAUCAGAAUCAGAAAUCAGGUUUACGAUGAUACUUGUAUUUUCCAGACAAGGAAAAUGUUAUGUACUCGUCGCCAAAUUAUUGUUAUGUACUGGUCGAGAAUUUAAUAGUCCUGACGCAAGAAAGACGGAAAUCAGAAGACCACUAGGGUUGCGAUGAUACUUCUAUUUUCCAAACACAAGGAGAAUCAAGUGACACAAGAGUGUGAGAGCAAAAAUAUAUAUGAAUAUCCAAACAAGUGAGUGAACAAAUCAAUAGACAGUCUUAACAUGAUUGGCUAAUUAUAAUGGAGUAUCGAACCAUAUAUAUAUAGCAAAAUAUAUCAGACUGUCAAAAACACAUUAUAUCUAAUAUAAGGGGAAUAUACAUUGUUAAAGGAGACAGGUUCAU